AUGACUCAGCGAAAAGGUCAUCCCAUCAACCCUACUGUUGCCUUUCCAAGCUACAAGCUCUGGCCGCCCAAGGGCGCGUCGUUCUCGACUCGGCACGACUUCGUCCUCGCAAUCCAGUUGGCGGCUCUUCGAGUCGGUAUGACGGACCUCGAGGUUCACUGGCGCGAGGGGCACCACGCGCCGCUUCUUAUCAGCCCGGCGCGGUAUGAGGAUGAGGGGGAGGACGACUUCGACACCAGGAUUCUCGCUCGUGCGAAGCCUGUCAACGCCAGCGAUGCUUGCGAAGAUGCUUGGACGCUGUUCGCGUGGAACAAGAAGCUCGUGACAAAGCAUCUUUGGUUUUGCGAAGACCGGGGGCUACGAGUCUUCGUUAACGAGCGUUCCUCGGUGGCCCAUACGAUUGAGCUCUCGCUGAAUACGAUCAUUGUCGGUCGCGGCCACCGCUGUGUUCUUGAAGCGGCCCUUCGUGUCCACGCUCGCUGCAAGGGCCGUUUCCUCGACGUAUCGACGCAGGGGCCUACACUCAACGACCAUCUCGUCUUUACCUGCGCAGCCUCAAGCUGCUGCUACCGCGUACAGCUCGAGGCUUGUGGUGCCGCAGACGAAUGGCGCUGCACCGGCUUGCACCCGGUCCACGACUGCGACAUCGCGGCAGGCGAGCGCACUCCUCCCCUGAAGCGGUGUUUGCGAUACUUUCCCCGAAUCGACUUUAAUUGGUCGCCGUUUUCACCGUCAUCACCCUUGUACCGCCUUUCUCCUCCUGCCAAUCCUCCGGAACGCAAGUUUUCGGUGUCGUCCGCCUCGAUGGGAGCAGAAACGUACCGGAAGCCUGACGUCCUGAGCCUCAAAGACGACGACGAACCAGACGACGAGAUGACCGCCCUUGUCGCCGGUGACCCUUUCCGCACCGGUUCUCCAAACGUUCUUCGUCGAGACAUGGACGAAAACGACGCAUCGAGACAUACCGGUACGCCAGCGCAGACGGUCGAAUCUGGUCGACCUUCGCAAGCCUCGACGACGGGCGUCGUACCUUGUAAUACCGCCACCGGACGGUCUGAUCCGGCUGGACCGCUUGCGGACGAGAUUGUCGCGCUGAGGGCACAUCUCGCCGCGGUCGGACGACGCCUCGAAGCCCGCAUUGGGCGGCAGCAGCAGGAGGGGGAGCUCGAGCUGAAGGCGGCUCACGCCGAGAUACGCGGGCUGAACAAGAGCAUGCACAAGCUCCGGCUGAAGCAGAAGCUGUGGAUGGAGAAGAAAACGGCGAAGAGGGCGGCGAAAAAGCUGAGGCAGAAGCUGAAGAAGCAGAAGAAGGCGAAGCAGACCACUUUGUAG